CUCUCCGACAUACGAAAGACACCUGUUCCAUUGACGAAAUAAUAAAUAACGUUACCGGCUUUCUACGAAGCUGUUUUGAAGAACAUCAGAUUCAGGAAUAUGACAUUAUUAAGAUAUCCAUUGAGGACAGCUUAUCUUCUCAGGAAGGACAUGAUAUUCGGUCAUAUAGUCGGUGAAUGGCCUACUCUAUCACCUUAUCUCUUUAUAGAGAUAAUAUGGCACUUGAAGUGCGAGGACUUAUUAGUUGAAUCGCUUAUGCACAUACCGUUGGAUUUAUGUGUAGAAAUAUUGGAGAUAACAAUCAAAUACAUAGAUGAAUUGCCAAUCCCACGAGCUAGACGUCUUAUUUUCCUUCUGAUCUAUAAAAUAUACAAUAAAUGCCUGCGGCUGCACUUAGGCAUUCUGUCAGAACAGAAUGUGACGAAACGCGUCAACCAAUUAAUAAUGUAUUUUGAAAUAUUACUAGACUUGCUUGUCAGUCCCAAAUUUAUUAUUUCCCAUCCAUUAUCCGAGAAGCAGCAUGGUAUUUUUGUGAAGAAUAUACUUUACUACAUCAAGAAGUGCAUGCAUAACAAAAUUAAAAAUCACUCGGAAAACCAUAAUAUAACGAAAUUAUUCAGGCUUACAUACGGUAAUAAUUUUAAUGAACAUCCAAAUUAUCAUCACAUGCUUCCCGCCAAAGAGGUAAAGGCCAUUAUAAUAAGAUUGGAGCAGAAACUGGCCACUUUACUUUUGAACCAGAUCAAACUCGUUGACUGUAACGAGUGCAAAGACUGGGAGAAUAUCGAUGAUGAUGAGAACCCUGUGAUCUCUCUACGUCGUGCUAUUAUCAUCGAAUGUCAUUAUCUUAGAGAAUUCAUGAAACAGAAUGAAUUUUUGGUGACAAACGAACAAUUGUUUCUUUGCCUGGAGCGACUUAUAGGUCUAAGAAAAUCCGAGAAAUCUAUCUUAACUAUUCAAGAACUUUGUCAUGACAUCGCCAAGGGCAAACUGCAUGGUAUGAAGGAAUUGAUUAAACGCUAUAAAGAAUGGGACCUGUCUACAUUGGAUUUUAUCAACAAAAGGAUAAAAUUUUUGAGCACUGACGACAUUUAUGUUGUACUUGAAUAUCUUCAUUAUAUAUUCGCAUAUCUACAUACAAAGGCAGAAAAGUAUCGGAUGUACGUGUCGGUAUUGAAAAUAAUAAUUCAGCUAACAGUAGAGGACAUGGAUUGUAUU